AUGGAUUUACGGGAAAGUGAUAUUUUGGAUAAAAAUGUGGAUGCGGAUGGUGCCGGGAAUGGAGAACAUAUGGAGAAAAGAUUUGCGACAAUAAAUGAUGAAACAGAAGCGACAUCAAGCGAUCAAUCAGAAGAAGAUCCAGAAUUUCGGGAAUUGGAAGAACGCUCGCAAAUUGUUGAAAAAUAUGAAAAGGGACCCGAACAGGAGGUGGAAGAGUGGGAAAAUCCCGAUCUCGAAUUAUAUAAAGUCACUGAUCGAUACGGGUUUAUGCACAAGGAUGUCCAAGAAAUCAGUGUGCAAGAGUUAGCGGAAAAGAAACGAAUGACAAAAGAAAUUUCACGUGAACAGAAAUGGCUACGGAUGAUAACAAGAUGGAAUGAUGGAAAAGGCACUAAUGACAAGUUAAAGAAACGGCUUUGGAAAGGUGUUCCUGAAAAAUUCAGGUCGUUGGUAUGGACGAAGUUACUUGAAGUUAAUCGUUAUCGACAGGAGCGGAAAAAUAAUGUUUAUCGCGAAUUACUUAUGCGUGCUCGGCUCAUUUCGAAAGAUAUCAAGCAGAUAGAUCUGGAUAUUAACCGAACAUAUCGAGAUCAUUUGGCAUUUCGUCGAAGAUACGACGUGAAGCAGCAAUCUUUAUUCAAUGUAUUAGCUGCAUAUGCAAUGUACAAUACGGAAGUGGGUUACUGUCAAGGAAUGAGUCAAAUAGCAGCACUUUUCCUUAUGUAUAUGGAUGAAGAGGAUGCAUUUUGGUGCUUACAUGCAUUACUUGUUGAUAAAAAGCAUUCCAUGCACGGAUUUUUUGUUCCUGGCUUUCCAAAAUUGGUUCGCUUUCAAACGCAUUAUGAAAAAAUAUUACAAAAAUACCUUCCACGUUUAAAAAAGCAUUUAGAUAAUGCUGGUAUCCCACCAAUUUAUGUAACAAAAUGGUGGUUUGGCUGUUUCCUGGAUCGGGUCCCAUUUCCAUUAGCAUUACGAUUAUGGGAUGUUUUUCUUUUGGAAGGAGAUGUGAUACUGAUUGCAAUGGCAUAUAACAUUAUGAGAAUGCAUGAAAAAACGAUGCGAAAAUUACAAAUGGAGAAUUUUAUGGAAUAUAUUCAAACUGUUAUUGUUCAGGAUUUUGGUUUCUCUGAUGAAGAAACAAUGAAAUCAUUACAAGAUUGUCUCAGGAAGUUACAUAGCGAUCGUAUGUUGCUACCCGCAUUACCGAAACCCGGUGAUGUACCUGAAACACCGACGAAACCAUUUGGACCGGUCCUUAGUCGUUCGAUGAUUGAUAUUCGUUUGGAUAUUGCUGAAAUACAGAGCCGUUGCUCACGUGCCAACUCUGUCGCUGGACAAUCACCGAUUGGGGUACGUCGACAACGAUUACCGCUAUCUCCAACACCUUUCUCAAAUUAUAGACUGUCACAAUUACCAUCGCGACAUAUGGAACCCACUGUUCCAGAAAAUUCCCAAUCUAGCAUCUCUUCGACGAGUACUGUGAAAGAUACAAGCUCGAGAGAGCAGCAGCAAGCAGCAAAGAUUCUCACUGAUACAACAAACAACACAAAUCUGCCGAUACGUCUACCGGAAAGCCGAGAAAGUUUAUCACAAUUGAUCCAACAACAACGCCCUCCAGUUUUUACGAAACGUAUUGAAGUGAAAACUACGCGACCAUUGACUAUUAAAGAAGUACAACACGAUAUACCGAUGAAGGAAAGAAAUAUAUCAUUAUUACCACAUGCAAAUAACGAAGAGGAGUUUGAAUCCAGAGGACAGCAACAACAACAACGACAACAACAAAGGCAUCUGACUAAAAGGCCGACAACGCUGCCUACAGAACAACAAAUGCGACGACCAGAAUUUCCAUCAAGCAGUGCAGCAACAAUAGGACAAUAUUUUGGUGCAAUAGGAAAACAAGAACUGUACCAAUUUCCACCUGAGGAGCCACCCGUUGAUUAUGAUAAGUCAUCCCCUUGUGUUCAACAGGGAUGUUCAUCCGGUUCCAUGCGUCCAGUGGCUUCAACAGUUGAUUCGCCUGCCCAUGUCACGUCUUCAUUCUUCCAUAGCCCUGAUGAUUUCACUCCUCUGAAACGAAAUAUACAGAUUGUACAUCGUGGUAGCUUUUACGAUAAUGUACCGUCAUCUGCAGCAAAUAAUUCAAGUUUGAGUGAUUUAUCACAAAUGAAAUUGACCAGUGAUGAAAGGCGUAUCAAUGGUGACGUGAUUUUUGGGAUUCGUUCUGGGAAUAGCUCACUAGAUAGACGAUAUAAACGCACUCCUAACAAUUCAGUGAUACAGGAAAAUAAGCCGGAGCGGCGAAUUGCUGAGAUCGAAACACGAGUGGUUCAAUUACCAAAUAAUGUAACUUGUGUGAGAGUUGGAGAUACUAGAAGCAGUAUGUCAUCAUCACCUCAACAUCGGCAUUAUUAUAAUGUUCCAAUAAAGAGAGAAGUGUAUGAUACAUGGACAGCUGCCGAUCGUAGUAACUAUGGCAUUCGUGAUGUUGAUUUACAACUUCAUCACCGUCGCCACUAUCCAUCUAAUACAAUGAGCGGAUACUCGUGGCACGAUCAACCACGUUUUCCGACAAAACCCAGUCAGCUGGAAGCUAUUCAUUAUGAACGUAAUAUGUAUGCUAAUAAUGAUAGACAGUCACCAGAACGACGUCCUCUACGUAUUCGACCUGGUCAGUAUCAAUACUUUACUGAUAAAGGUUAA